AUAAAUAGAGACUGCGCCCGACCAGAAGGCAUCAAAACUCAUUCUGCAAUUGAUAUUAAAACAUCCCAAUAGUCUCUUCAACCCAAAAACAUCCGUCAAAAUGAUGAAGCUAUUCGUUGUCCUCUUCGCCGCUCUGUUCGCCGUUUCCAUGGCUGUGCCAGCGCCUGUUGCCCGUGCUGCUCCUGCACCAGUUCCAGUGGCCAGCCCAGAGCCUGCUCCUCAGUUUUACUAUGGUGCCAGUCCCUAUGCCUACUCCGCCUACUCGGGCUAUGCGGCUCCAUACGCUUAUUACGGUUAGGUGACCUCAUCCAACUGAUAGCUGGCCUUCACCCCGAUUGUUAAUAAUAGCCACGGAAAAUACACGAGCUGGAAAAUCUAUUUAGGUUUUUAGUAAUAAAUACUUACGCAAUAAAAAAAAAAUUAAAAAAAAA